AUGAACUUUCGAUCCUUCGUCGAAGCGCUAAAGGAAGAUGGCGAUCUGAUCGAGAUCAACGAGGAGAUCGAUCCUCAUCUGGAAGCCGGCGCUAUCAUCCGCAAAGUGUGCGAGACCAACGACAAAGCGCCGCUAUUCAACAACAUGAAGGGCGCCCAAGCCGGCCUCUGGAGGAUCCUCGGAGCCCCCGCAUCACUGCGCAGCAACGCAAAGGAGAAAUACGGACGCAUCGCCCGACAUUUAGGACUCCCUCCCACAGCAUCCAUGAAGGACAUCAUCGACAAGAUGCUAUCAGCAGCCCAUGCUGAGCCUAUUCCACCAAACAUUGUCCCUGAUGGGCCGGUCAAAGAGAACAAACUCUUCGGCGACGAAUUUGACUUAACGACGUUGCCCGCGCCGCUCCUCCACCAGGCUGAUGGCGGCAAGUAUAUCCAGACAUACGGGAUGCACGUGUUGCAGACACCGGACAAGAAAUGGACCAACUGGUCCAUCGCGCGUGCCAUGGUGCACGACAAGAACCACCUCGUCGGCUUAGUCAUGGAGCCUCAGCACAUCGGGCAGAUCCACCAGAUGUGGAAGAAAUCAGGAAGGGGGGACAUUCCCUGGGCCCUAGCAUUCGGCGUUCCGCCCGCUGCCAUAAUGGCAGCUUCGAUGCCCAUCCCCGACGGAGUGAGCGAGGCUGGAUAUAUCGGCGCCAUGACAGGCUGCGCGCUCGACGUCGUAAAAUGCGAGACCAACGACCUGCACGUCCCGGCCAACGCCGAGAUCGUUUUCGAAGGCACGCUCUCCAUCAGUGAGACCGCGCCUGAAGGACCCUUUGGAGAGAUGCACGGCUAUGUAUUCCCAGGCGACUCUCGACAAUGUCCAAAAUUCAAAGUCAACGCUAUCACGUACCGCAACGGGGCUAUCAUGCCCGUCUCUAACUGCGGCCGUAUCACCGACGAGACACACACACUAAUCGGUUCACUCAACGCAGCUGAGAUCCGACGCAUCUGUCAAGAAGCCGGUCUCCCCAUCACCGACGCAUUCUCCCCCUUCGAAACACAAGUCACUUGGAUCGCUCUCGGCAUCGACAUUCAAAAACUCUCGCACAUGAACACCACACCCUCCGCAUUCCGGCAGAUGAUCGGCGAAUUAAUAUUCUCUCAAAAAGCCGGGGUUACCACACAUCGCAUCGUAUUAUGCGGUCCUGAUAUCAAUGUUUAUGAUGUCAAAGAUGUAAUGUAUGCGUUCACGACGCGCUGUCGUCCGGGCGCCGAUGAGACAUUGUUUGAGGAUUGUAGAGGCUUUCAGUUGAUUCCUUUUAUGGGUCAUGGAACGGGGACGCCGAAUAGGGGGGGCAAAGUGGUUUCGGAUGCGCUGAUGCCGAUGGAGUAUAAGGGGGUGCAGAAUUGGCAGCAGGCGUCGUUUAAGGAUUCGUUCCCGGAUGAGAUAAAGGAUAGCGUGAAUUGUAGAUGGUCGAAAGAGUGGGGAUUUGCUGAGGAGAUGUAGGUAGGUAGGUAGCUUAGCUUGUGCAUAUAAUCGUGUUAUAGGAAUCGUAAGAGUAGAG